AUGGUACUACAGGAGAACGAGCUUUAUGUCAAUCUAAAAAAGUGUCACUUCAUGACUAAUAAAUUGAGGUUCCUUGGUUAUAUAGUUGGUGAUGAUGGGAUACAUGUGGAUGAUCAAAAGAUCCAGGCUAUUUGGGAUUGGCCAUCUCCAAAGACUGUGACAGAGGUACACAACUUUCAUGGUUUGGCCACUUUUUAUAGGAGAUUCAUCCAAAAUUUCAGCAGCAACAUUGUGGCCCCCAUCACCAAUUGUUUGAAGAAAGAGAAGUUCGAGUGGAUAAAAGAGGCUGAAAUAAGCUUUGCUGAAAUCAAGGAUAGGUUAUCUUCUGCACCGGUACUAGCUUUACCAGACUUUGACAAAGUCUUCGAGCUAGAGUGUGAAUGUUUGAUGCCAAUGGGGUUGGAAUCGGUGGUGUUCUAUCUCAAGAAGGUAAACCAAUAG